AUUCCAAAGGAAGACAAUGGUCGCAGGCAUCGCGGCUGGAACAGACUGGCAGUCCAUUGUCGCUGAGAAACGACUGCUCCGCAAUCACCUUGUCGAUCCGUUCUUGCAGGAGAAAGGUGUCGACGAUGAUACUGUUACCAAGAUUGACGAUGUGGAAGAAUUAGCGGCACGGAUUGCGGGUGGAAAAUUGAAGACUUGCGAUGUUGUCAAGGCGAGCAUUUUGAGAGCGUGCAAAGCGCAUAAGAAGUCGAACUGCCUCACCGAAAUCAUGUUCGCCUCCGCCCUCCAACGAGCAACAGAACUAGAUACCCACCUCACCACAACCACCCGACCCAUUGGUCCCCUCCACGGCAUCCCCAUGUCCCUCAAAGACCAAUUCGACAUUACCGGCACAGACACAACUCUCGGCUACGUCGCCCGCUCGUUCCAACCCGCCACCUCCAACGCUCUACUCGUGGACAUCCUGCAGUCUCUCGGCGCCGUGGUGAUUGCGAAGACGAAUCUCCCUCAGUCAAUCAUGUGGUGCGAGACGGAGAAUCCGCUGUUUGGACUGACUACCCACCCGCGGGAUGCGAGGCUUACGCCGGGUGGGUCAUCGGGUGGAGAGGGCGUGUUGUUGGCGGAGAGGGGGUCGAUGGUCGGGUGGGGAACGGAUAUUGGGGGCAGUGUGAGGAUUCCGGCGCAUAUGAUGGGAUUGUAUGCGUUGAAGCCGAGUAGUGGUCGACUGCCAUAUGAAGGAUGCCAAGUCUCGACUUCCGGUCAGGAACAUGUCCCCUCUGUUGUAGGUCCGAUGGCGAGAUCGCUGGCUUCGAUCGAACAGGCCACUCGACUUGUGAUCGGAGCGAAGCCGUGGGAACGGGAUCCGACGUGUCAUCCUUUGCCGUGGCGAGAGGAGGAGUAUGCUGACAUCCAGACACGACCGCUGGUGAUCGGCGUGAUGGUCGAUGACGGACACGUCAAAGUCCAUCCUCCAGUCGAGAGGGUACUGCUCGAAGCCGUGAAAAAGUUGGAGGCUGCGGGACAUAUUACCGUGGCAUGGACGGACGAAGGGCACAAAGAGUGUGUCGACAUCAUGGAUCGAUACUAUACCGCCGACGGUGGCGAGGACAUCCGAGCAUCUGUCUCCGCAGGCGGCGAACCAUUCCUCCCGCACGUCGAAAACUUCAUCACCCGUGCGCCCGCCAUCUCCGUCUACGAGUACUGGGCGUUGAACAGGCAGAAACGCGCGGCUCAAAAAGCCUACCUCGAAAAAUGGAAUCGGAUUCGCUGUCCCAAGACAGGUCGUCGGGUAGACGUCUUGCUCACACCAACGAUGCCGCAUUCAAGCGUCCCGCAUCGGAGUUGCAAGUGGGUCGGGUAUACGAAGGUGUGGAAUCUGCUGGAUUACACGGUGGUUGUGUUGCCAUUUGGAGAGAUUGAUCGGAAAGUUGAUCCUGCGAAGACUGAGCCGAGUGUUGCAGGCUAUCAGGCGAGGAAUGAGACCGAUGCGUUCAAUUGGGGUUUGUUUGAUCCGGAGGCGAUGCAUGGACUGCCGCUUAGUGUGCAGAUUAUUGGGCAGAGGUUGGAGGAGGAGAAGGUUUUGGGAGCGGCGAGGGUGAUUGAGGAGGUUUUGCGAGCGUGA